AUGAUCGUCCAACCGAUGGGUCUCGCACCCCUCAUUUUGCUUACCUCAUGGUUAUCGGUUGUGCAAGUACCUGUAUUAGCCUACAUGGCUAGGCGGUCUUCCAAACCGGACGCGAGCCCCAUGGCUGAUAUUCUGCAGCCCGUCUCGACUGGUCAAUCGUUUCGUUUUGCACAGACAAGAAGCAAAUUGGACUUGCUGGUGUUCGUGGCAAAUAUCUUUUUCCCGACCCAGACUCCCCCUGAGUACAAGAAGCUAUUCAAGCGGGGAGGGUGCCCUCGCUGGAUGUUGGAUCCUCGGAGGGGGCCUCCAGAACUGUCAAACGACUGGUUACCAGCUGCUGGGUGGUCCUAUGAUGUGGCAAACCAAACGAUUGAUUACACCGGCACAGAUGAAGCCAAGGAGCCCGCACAUCCCUUCCCCUUUAAUCUCUUCUUGCCCCGGCGUAUGUCCACGCGUUUUGCGUUAAUGAAGCGCGAUUUUUUCUGUCAGGGCACACAAAUUCAAAGCACGAUGCGGCUGGAUGGAGCAAAGGAGGCAGGCCUCGUGUUUCGAAGCGUCGGGGAGAUAAAUUUCUGGGUGGUCAUGUUGACCCGUGGGGGCGGUAUCCAACUUAUUCGGGUGAAGAAGGGCGAAAAGAAGGUCCUUGGAACUGUCGGCAAUUUCAAAGUCAAAGCUGCUGAAGGAGAAGAGCCAGUAUUGUUCACGCGGCAGCAAGAGGACGACGAAGAGUUGCGGCCAAAAGGCUACGAGGACUGUAUGUCGGAUACAGCCAUUAGGAACAAAAAACCCACAAGCUCACGCACGCACCAGCCCAGGGUGCUGCAGGCCUGA